AUGAAGGUGGAUGUAAACAAACUUGUCAAAAACUUUUUGGAUUAUUUUCUGCCUGGAAAAUGUUUUGAUGAAUUUUUGGCUUUUAACUUUUUUGAAGGUAAUUGUCUUCCUCUUUUAAUAAGUCGACUCCUUGGUGUUGGAAUAACUGUUGGCUCUUGUUUAUUAUUUGUGCCCCAAAUUUUGAAAAUAUACCAAGCAAAAUCUGCUGAAGGAAUUUCUCUGGCUUCACAACUUUUUGGACUUGUUUCAUGUUUUCAAUGGGGCGAUUCUUUCUUUGUUGGUUUACAAACAGUUUUAAUAAUAAUGCAAAUUUUGUAUUAUUCUAAUUCUGGUGCCUUCAAUGCUUUCCUUUUUGGAUUAUUCUAUUUUGCUGGUGUGCUGUCUGUUGUUUACCAUUUUGUGCCUAUUAAAAUUUUGAAUGCUUUUCAAACAGCAACACUGCCAAUUACUUUUAUUUCAAAGGCUAUUCAAAUUUAUGCAAAUUAUUCCCAAAAAGGAACUGGACAACUUUCUUUAAUUUCUGUCUUUAUGCAAUUUGCUGGAUGUUGUGCUAGAGUUUUUACAAGUAUUCAAGAAACAAAUAAAGAUUGGUUAAUUUUGGCCCCAUUUAUUUUGGCUUCAAUUUUGAAUGGAAUUAUUUUUGUUCAAAUGAUUUGGUAUUCUCGUUCAACUACAAAACUUGAGGAAGAAAUGAAGAAGAAGAAAAUUCGUUAA